AUGUCUGAAGCACAAGGCCCAGAUGCGGAAACAACGGUCACCUUGUUGCUUUUGGGGGACCCCGGCUGUGGGAAGUCCACAUUUCUCUCUCGUCUGAAGAGUGGGAAGAAACCCACUUCAUCACAGCCCAAUACUCAGCUUGAUCUUCUGCGGGACAGUGACCAGCCAUUUAUUUAUGAUGUCCGAUUCUCCAAAAAGAAAUUUACUUUGAAGCUCUAUGACACAUCGAGUCCAAACCAACACUGGACAAGCCUACGACCCGAUCUCGUCGUCCUUGCAUUUGACAUCUCCAACCGAGAGUCAUUACCAGGCCUAAGAGGGUGGCGCAAUGAUAUCAUUAGAUAUUUUCAACACGGUCAUGGGGAACGUAUUCCUGUUAUGAUGCUUGGUUUGAAAAGGGAUCUGCGAAAAGAAGGCGAAAACAUUAUCUACCCACAGGAAACUUAUGGCAUUGCCCAAGAACUUCGAUGUGAUAGAUAUGCUGAAUGCUCCGCAGUGACUGGAGAGCUGCUCGCGGAAACCUUUGAGGAUCUCGCAAGACUUGCCGCUAUGACUACAACCGAGAAAGGGGGACAAAGUGCUGGUGGAUGUAAUGUUCUCUGA